AUGGCUCUCCGCGCACCCUCAUCGUCAUCACUCGCCCUCCUCGGCCGCCUCACGGGCCCGAUAACGACGCAAACACAAGCCCGCACCUUCGCCAGCAGCGCCGCCCUCAGCGCGAAGUCGACCAAAGCCAAGCUGCGCGACGACCACGCCGACGUGCCACGCUACCCCUACGGGCCCAGCCUGUGGUACAAGCAAUCCAACCACGGCCUGUACGGCGGGGCGCGGAUCCAGUUCGGCAACAACGUGGCGAAGAAGUCGGAGCUGAAGACGCGCCGGCAGUGGCGGCCCAACAUCCAGCGCAAGACGCUCUUCUCGCGCGCACUCAACCGCGGCGUGCGCGUGCGCGUGGCCAGCCGCGUGCUGCGCACCAUCGACAAGGUCGGCGGCCUGGACGAGUACCUGCUGGGCGAGAAGAGCGCGCGCAUCAAGGAGCUCGGCAUGGGCGGCUGGCUGCUCCGCUGGCGCCUCAUGCAGACCGACCGCGUCAAGAAGCGCUACGCCUUGCAGCGCGAGCAGCUGGGCUUGCCGCGGGAUUCUUUGUUUGACGAGCAGACGAGGGGCAUGAGCGGGGAGAAGGUCUCGGAGGAGGAGAUGGCGGAGCAGGUCAAGUACUACGAUUCCAUGCUCGAGAAGGAGGACAGCGUGCUGCUGAGCGAGGGGACUCAAGAAGCUGUUGUGGAGGAGGCAAUCAAGGCAGAGGGUUCGGCGAAGGCGGCUCCCAAGGUGGUGGCAUAA